AUUUAAGUAAAUAAUAAAAUAUAUCAUUUUUAAGUUAAUUGCGCACCGCUAGAUGUCACAUGUACAGCAUUUUAAGUUUGAGCACAGAGGUCAGCAGUGCUCCAACUGUCAAAGUACUGUCAAAGAGCUGUCAAAGUAAUAAAGUAAAGCAAUACCAGCAAAAAUUUUGAUCACAUUAUACGCCGGUGAAAUGAAAUAAACAUUGAUUUAUCAAGCAAAAUUGCGAAGUUCUUUUGUAAAUUAUAACAGCAUGGCACAUAGGAAUAUAUAUAAUUUGGUACAUAACUUUGGAAACAACACUACGCGCCGUUUUAAUUUGUUUCAAGGAAUGAAACAAAAAUGUAUAUUGAAUAAUCACUUCCAACAUGCGGUGCCGCCAGUAGCUUCGUUAAAUAUUACAGAAUACAGAAAUUUGACAACAGAAACUACAAAAAAGACGCAAGGGACAGAGUUGCUUUCACGAUUAUUUCCUCAAACGGGAGAAAAAAAAUCAGAGGAAGAAGUCGAGCGCGAACGUAAGAAAAAAGAAGCGGAAGAUAAGGCCGAAAAUGAAAAGGCGUGGAAGCGUAUGAAAAUGGGUUUUGCCAUUUUUGGUGGCGCAUCUAUCGCAGUAGGCCUUUGGGCUAUGUAUGAAUUCGGCAAACCUGAUGUGGAUACUGACGGUAAAGUUAUUGAAGACGAAUUCAGCUCCGAACCACUAUUGCAGCAAUAUUUUCUACGAAUGUGGAGAUCUAUGCAUUAUUACCAGAAAAUGAUUCAAGAACCAUCGAGAGACAAAUUACUCCCAGAUCCUCUCAAACCACCAUAUAUACAGCCAACAUAUACAUUAAUAUUAGAAAUGAAAGACGUGUUGGUACAUCCGGAUUGGACAUAUCAAACUGGAUGGCGUUUUAAAAAACGUCCUGGUGUUGAUCACUUUUUACAUGAAUGCGCAAAACACUUCGAAAUUGUAGUUUUUACUGCUGAACAGGGCAUGACCGUAUUUCCAAUUUUAGAUGCCUUGGAUCCAAAUGGGUAUAUAAUGUAUCGCUUGGUGCGUGAUGCUACUCAUUUUGUUGAUGGACACCAUGUAAAAAAUCUGACUAACCUUAACAGAGAUCUAAGUAAGGUAAUAGUCAUUGACUGGGACCCCAACUCAACACAAAUGCAUCCAGAGAAUACUUUUAAUAUUGGCAGAUGGAUGGGCAAUGAUGAUGAUGCGCAAUUGUUUGACCUAGUCAAUUUAUUAAAAACAAUUGCAACUUCUGAUGUAUCCGAUGUAAGGGAGGUACUAAAUUAUUAUCGGCAGUUCGAUGAUCCACUAGAAAAAUUCAAAGAUAAUCAACGCAUUUUGCUAGAGCAAAUGGAAGAGAAGGAACGCGAACUGCAAGUAAAACUUAAAGAAUCCCCAAUGGUUAAAAGAUGGAGACCAAGUUUUAUGGGUCGGUCUUAAACCAAACCAAAAAAAAACCAAACUGGCUGAAUAUAAUUUAAACGAAGGAAAUAUAAUUCGCUUUCAAUUUAAAUGAAUGAUCCAUUUAUUAUAACUUUUAUUUUAUAAAAUAAAAACUUU